AGCUGUGCACUCUUUUAUUACACCAGCAGAGAAAUACUGGGAGUAGAAGAACAUGGAGAACCAGAUCAGGAGAACCUGUAUCAUCUCCUGCCUGAGGAGAACCCAGCUAGAACCUCAGAUCCUGAUAUAUGUUUUUGAGCUGGGUUUGGUGAAGCUAGAACAUGUUGUUUAUGUUUUAAACAUGAGAUGUGAUUAGAUUCACAUACUGAACACUGAAAAACCUGCUCUUAUAUACACUGUUUAUCUGGCCAGGUUUGGAGAGUAAGAAGCAGAAAUAAGAAGAUCAGGAGAUCAGAGUGCAGGGAUGACAUCAUGCCAGACUGUACUGCUCAGAAAUAAAUGACGUUCUAAACGAUGAAGUCUUCUCACUUUACUCUGACUCUCAGUAACACAUCAGAAGACACUGUUUAGUGAAUCAGGACUAAACAAGGGUUAGAACAUUAAAAGCAUGGCCUCCAAAAGAAAGUCCAGACCUCCAGUAAAGUCCUCUAAUGGAGAUGCCCAAACAGACGCAGGUAAGGAGAGAUCUCACCACUGCUCGGAGUGCGGAAAGACUUUUAAAGGCAUGCACAGCCUCAAAACUCACCAGCGCAUUCACACUGGAGAGAAACCCUACCAGUGCUCAGAGUGCGGGAAGACCUUCACCGUGCGGAGUCAUCUCCAGGUGCACCAGUACACCCACACUGGAGAGAAGCCGUACCACUGCGUAGAGUGUGGGAUAAGCUUUAGGAACCUCGGCUCUCUCAAAACCCACCAGCGCUCUCACACCGGAGAGAGGCCGUACCAGUGCUCGGUGUGCGGGAAGAGCUUCACCGUGAAAAACAGCCUUCAGAUACACCAGAGAAUUCACACCGGAGAGAAGCCGUACAACUGCCUGCUCUGCGGGAAGAGCUUUAAACAGCAGUGUCAUCUCCGUCUACACGAGCGAACUCAUACCGGAGAGAGGCCGUAUCACUGCCCCGACUGCGGGACCACCUUUAAUCACCCGAGUCAUCUCCGACUACACCAGCGAGUUCAUACCGGAGAGAGGCCGUACCCCUGCACGAACUGCGGUAAGAGCUUCACCACAAACAGCCAACUGCACACCCACCAGCGAAUUCAUACCGGAGAGAAACCAUUCCACUGCCAGGACUGCGGCAAGAGCUACAGGCACUCCAAUACUCUGAAGAUACACAAGUGCAUUAAGAAGGAGAAGCCCUGAUGAGUUCAUCAAUCAAAAAAAAAAAAAGUAGCCUCACCAUGCACCGUAUGGACAAAGGUAUUGGGACACCUGUUCUUUCAUUAUCGUAAAGGAUGCUGAAUGGUGAAAUACAACAUACAGUAUAUCUCGAUUAGGGCUGGAUAUCGAAAUUCAAUACCAAAAAAACACCAACUGAAAUGAUUCAGUACUACCAAGUAACGAAAUAUAAAAAAAAAAAAAAUUGGUGUGGGCAGGCUACGGCUGCCCCAAUGAUCAGGAGAUCGCCGGUUCGAAUACUGUUCAUAUAGUUGCCAUCAGCUGCCGUAGCCCUGAGAGAGCACAAUUGACCUUUCUCUCUCUCUCUCUGGGUGGGUACAGUAGAUGGCACUCUCUCCCCUCAUCACUCCUAGGGUGAUGUGGAUCAGCACAAGGCUGCGUCUGUGAGUUGAUGUAUCAGAACCGAGUCGCUGCGCUUUCCUCCGAGUGUACUGUGAUGAUGCUCGGUAAUGCACCAGCAGCAGUUCAAAAAGAGGCGGAGUCUGACUUUAUAUGUAUCAGAGGAGGCGUGUGUUUGUCUUCACCUUCCUGGUGUUGGGGCAUCACUAGUGAUAGGGGGAGUCCUAACUUUCACUUGCACUGUCUCUUGCUUUCACUAGCGCUGUCUCAUGCUCUCAUAAAGGUCUGUCUCUUGCUCCCAUUUGAGCUGUCUCUCUCUCUUUUACAAGCACUGUCUCUCGCUCUCACUCAUGCUGUCUUGCAAUUUCACUCACGCUUCUUCAUGAAGAACUUUUCCAGGCAAAGAAUACAAAUUAUUAAUUGAGCUGUUGAGUUCUAUAUAAAAGAACCCUUGCCUUUAUUGAAGGACCCAUUAUUCUGUGUGAGGGUGUCGUAGUUGACUCUGGAUCAGUGUUAGUAGCAGUUAAACUCUGUACUGUUGAAACCAAGCACACGUGAAUAAACUGGAAUCUCUACUGUAAAA